AACAAAACAAAAAACAAAACAAAACAACAAACAAAACAACAAACAAAGCGAAAAACACAGCGAAAAACACAGCGAAUAACAAGGCGGAAACGAAAGACAGCGCAGUCAAAUGUAGACUCUGCGGUGGCCCCGCGACUGCCCCAGCCGGAAGGAGCAGGCGACACGGCCGCCUGCACAGACGACUCGCCCGUGUCCGCCGAUAGCACAGAUGGUCAAUGUCAGACCCUCAACACCCCACUCUUCCUCGCCACAAAACCCUUUCUUCCCGUCCGCGAUGGCUCUUUCCGACGGCUUCACUUUGGUGGUCAUGGGUGCCGGCGUCAUGGGCACCACCUUCACCUCUGCCAUCCUCAACUCGAACGUCAGCCCCUACCCUGGCAAGAUCCAUCUUUGCUUGAAAAGCGACGGCAACAGCAAGGCGUUGAAAGAGGCGUACCCGCAGGACUUUGUGGAGGUGCACAGCGACACGGCCGCAAAGAACAGGGCCGUGGCCUCGGCCGACGUGGUGAUUUUGGGAUGCAAGCCUUUCCACUACAAGGCAGUGUACCAGGAGAUCAGGGGCUCGUUGGGCCAUGCGACGUUGUUGAUUUCGCUUUUGGCCGGGGUCACGAUCGAGCAGUUGAGAGUCUUCACGCCCAACGUGGCGCGUGUCAUGACCAACACGCCUGCGCGCUACGGCUGCGGCAUGGCCACCGUGGCGUUUGCCGAGUCUGCCUCGGAGGACCAGAGGGCCCUUGUGUUGGGCCUCGCCGGCACGCUCGGCACGGCCAUGGAGAUCCCGGAAAAAAACAUGGACGCGGCCACCGCGCUCGUGGGCUCGGGGCCGGCGUUCUGCCUCCUCAUGAUGGAGGCCUUGUACGACGGCGGCGUGCGCAUGGGGCUCCAGCACGAGGUGGCCCGCACGGCUGCUGCCAAGGUCAUGGAGGGCACGGCCAAGAUGGUGUUGGAGACGGGCGAGCACCCCGCGGUCUUGAAGAGCAAGGUGUGCACGCCGGGCGGCACCACCAUCGGCGGGUUGUUGAAGAUGGAGGACGCUGGCGUGCGGGGGGCCAUUUCCCGCGCCGUGGAGGAGGCUGCGGAGAUCUCGGCGUCGUUUGCGAAGUAGGGGCGGCCGCUGUGCCGGUGCUGCCGGUGCCCGGCGGUGCUCUGGGUGCUGUGUAUGAAUUUUGUGUAUAGGUGAUGUAUUGGUUCUCUGCGGCUGUGUUCUUUCUGGGCUGCGAAAUGAUUCUGUAUCGACCCUGUGCCGGUGCUCUGUG